AUGAAACUGAAAAGGAAAAUGGGAAGAGGAAAUCAGUCUGAAGUAACUGAAUUUAUUCUUGCAGGACUAACAGAUGAGCCAGAGCUUCAACUGCCCCUUUUCUUCUUAUUCUUGGUCAUCUAUAUGGUCACUGUGGUGGGGAACGUGGGCAUGAUCAUCCUGAUUGGAAUUAGUUCUCAUCUCCACACCCCCAUGUACUAUUUCCUCAGCAGCUUGUCUGUUUUAGAUGUCUGUUAUUCCUCUGUUGUUACCCCUCAAAUGUUAGUAGGAUUCUUAUCUGAAGAUAAAACAAUCUCCUAUCCUAGAUGCAUGACUCAACUCUUUUUCUUCUGCAUUUUUGUAAUUUCUGAGUGCUACAUGCUGGCAGCCAUGGCUUAUGAUCGCUAUGUUGCCAUCUGUAGCCCCCUACUGUAUAAUAUGAUCAUGUCCCCACAGGUCUGCUCCUUGCUGGUGACCUUUGUGUUUUCUGUGGGUCUUAUUGAUGCAGUGAUACAUACAGGUUGCAUUUUGAGAUUGCCAUUUUGUGGGUCAAAUAUAAUCAGUCAUUACUUCUGUGACAUUGUGCCCCUCAUCAAACUUUCCUGUGCCAGCACUUAUCUAGAUGAGCUCCUGAUUUUUGUUAUUGGUGGAUUCAACAUGAUAACAACCAGCUUGACAAUCAUAAUCUCUUAUGCUUUCAUCCUCUCCAGUAUUCUGCGCAUCAAAUCCAAAGAGGGCAGGUCAAAAGCCUUUAGUACUUGUAGUUCCCAUAUUAUGGCAGUUACUGUGUUUUAUGGGUCUCUCAUGUCCAUGUAUCUCAAACCUACUUCCAGUAGCAACCUGGCCCAGGAAAAGGUGUCCUCAGUAUUUUAUACCACAGUGAUUCCCAUGCUGAAUCCCCUGAUCUACAGCCUGAGAAACAAGGAUGUGAAGAAUGCAUUGAGGAAACUCAUCCAACAGAAAAUACUCUCAUAA